UCCCGCUCCUCCUCCUCCUCCUUCUUUCCCUUGGAGUUGUCAUCCUGACAUCGCCGCAGCCGGGAUGGUCUUCCGCAGAAGGGCAAGCGAGCCCCGCGCAGAGAAGGAGGCCAAGGACUAAUAGGAGGGAGUGGGACCCUGAGAGAAAGGCACCACCAUGAAGAGGAUGAGGGCUUCGGAGCCCACUGUGGCUGCUGUCCUCCUCUUCCUCUUGGCUCUGCUGGCCAGGGGCUGGGGCUCCGCCGUGGAUGAGAAGAAGGUUUGUCAAGGAACCAGCAAUAGGCUAACACAACUUGGAAAUGUGGAAGAUCACUACAACAGCCUAAAGAGGAUGUAUGAGGACUGCGAGGUGGUGCUUGGCAAUCUGGAGAUCACGUGUGUGGAUGAGAACUAUAAUCUCACUUUCUUGAAGAGCAUACAAGAGGUGGGUGGUUAUGUGCUCAUAGCAAUAAAUACAGUGAAAGUUAUUCCUUUGGAGAAUCUUCAGAUAAUCCGAGGAAACACCCUUUAUGAAAAUGCUGCACUCGUGAUUUUACUAAAUUACAAUGAUGUGGGAGGACUUGAAGAGCUGCGAAUGAGACGUUUAGCAGAAAUUCUAAAUGGAGGUGUUAAAAUCAUUGGUAACCCUUAUCUCUGCAACAUGAACAAUGUUAUGUGGGAUGACAUUGUUGAUACAACUAAUGGCAAAGGUUUUGUGCUGUUUGAUCCUGUUGAAAGAAAAGAAACAUUGCCGCUGAUUAGCAAUAAAACUUGUCCCCCAUGUCAUUCCAACUGCACAGGUGGGCACUGCUGGGCUGCUGGCAUAGAGAACUGCCAGAUACUAACAAAGGUUGACUGUGCAGCACAGUGUUCAGGCCGAUGUAAGGGGAGGUUGCCGAGUGACUGUUGUCAUACCCAGUGUGCAGCAGGCUGUACAGGCCCUAAAGAGAGUGAUUGCUUGGCAUGCCGCAAGUUUUGGGAUGAUGCAACCUGUAAGGAAUCUUGUCCACCUUUGCAAGUGUAUAACCCUAUAGCCUAUCAAUUGGAAAACAACCCAGAUGGAAAAUACAGCUUUGGAGCAACUUGUGUAAAAAAGUGUCCACAUAACUAUGUUGUAACAGACUAUGGCUCAUGUGUCCGGUCAUGUAAUGCUGAUUCUACUGAGGUGGAGGAAAAUGGAAUUCGAAAGUGCAAAAAAUGUGAUGGGCCAUGUAGCAAAGUGUGCAGCGGGGUUGGAGCAGGUAAUCUUACAGGAGCUCUUGCUGUGAAUGCAUCCAAUAUUGACUAUUUCAAAAACUGCACCACAAUUAACGGAGAUCUCAUAUUUCUCCAAGUAUCAUUUAAAGGUGAUGAAUACACAAGAACACCUCCUUUAGACCCAAAGAAGUUGGAUAUUUUUCGAACCGUGAAAGAAAUAACAGGGUUUUUGACAAUCCAGGUUUGGCCUGCAAAUGCCACUGAUUUGAGUGUUUUUGAAAAUCUGAAAGUUAUACGAGGCAGAACAAAACAAAUGGGCCGGUAUGCUCUUGUUAUCACUGGGGUGGAUAUAAAAUAUUUGGGGUUACGGUCUCUCAAGGAAGUAAGUGAUGGAGAUGUUGUGAUCAUGAAAAACAAGAACCUAUGCUUUGGGAAUAUGGUGAACUGGACUAAGCUUUUUGUAACAGAAAAGCAGAAUAUAAGAAUUACCCAAAACAGAAAUGAAAAUGAAUGUGCUGCUAUAGGAGAGGUUUGCCAUCCCCUCUGUUCAGAUGUGGGCUGCUGGGGCCCAGGACCCUUUGAGUGCUUUUCUUGCCAACACUUUAUUCGCCAGCAGGAAUGUGUAAAGGAAUGCAAUGUUAUGCAAGGGGAACCUCGAGAAUUUAUAAAGGAUUCUGAGUGCCUUCAGUGCCAUCCAGAAUGCCUGGUGCAAAAUUCAACUGAAUCUGAUGCAACUUGCACAGGACCUGGUCCAGACAACUGCUUCAAAUGUGCCCACUUAAUAGAUGGUCCACACUGUGUUAAAUCAUGCCCUUCUGGCAUCAUGGGUGAAAAUGAUACUUUAAUCUGGAAAUAUCCAGACGAAAACUCAGUGUGUCAACUAUGUCAUCCAAAUUGUAUUCGCGGCUGCAAAGGACCAGGACUUGAAGGUUGUCCUAUUGGCUCAAAGGUCCCAUCAAUUGCAGCUGGAGUUGUUGGAAGUAUCCUUGGCUUAGUUGUUAUAGCAUUGGGCAUUGGUCUCUAUGUACGUAGGCGUCACAUUGUUAGGAAACGUACUUUGCGCAGACUGCUACAAGAAAGAGAGCUUGUUGAACCCUUGACUCCAAGUGGUGAGGCACCAAAUCAAGCACUCCUAAGGAUUCUAAAGGAAACUGAGUUCAAAAAAGUCAAGGUUCUUGGCUCGGGAGCUUUUGGUACUGUGUACAAGGGGUUGUGGAUUCCAGAAGGGGAGAAGGUUAAAAUUCCUGUGGCUAUUAAGGAAUUGAGAGAAGCCACAUCCCCCAAAGCCAACAAAGAAAUUCUUGAUGAAGCCUAUGUAAUGGCAAGUGUGGACAAUCCCCAUGUGUGCCGUUUGCUAGGAAUUUGCCUCACAUCCACAGUUCAGCUCAUCACGCAACUAAUGCCAUAUGGAUGCCUUCUUGAUUAUGUCCGAGAGCACAAGGAUAACAUUGGAUCUCAGUACCUUCUCAACUGGUGUGUGCAGAUUGCAAAGGGAAUGAAUUACCUGGAGGAACGCCGUUUGGUACAUCGUGAUUUGGCUGCCAGGAAUGUACUAGUUAAGACUCCUCAGCAUGUGAAGAUUACUGACUUUGGAUUGGCCAAAUUGCUUGGUGCAGAGGAAAAGGAAUACCACGCAGAAGGAGGAAAGGUCCCUAUUAAGUGGAUGGCUUUGGAGUCUAUUCUGCACCGCAUUUAUACCCACCAAAGUGAUGUUUGGAGUUAUGGUGUUACUGUCUGGGAAUUAAUGACUUUUGGAUCAAAACCGUAUGAUGGUAUCCCAGCCAGUGAAAUUUCCUGUGUCCUGGAAAAGGGGGAGAGAUUACCCCAGCCUCCAAUUUGUACUAUUGAUGUCUACAUGAUCAUGGUCAAAUGUUGGAUGAUUGAUGCAGAGAGUCGCCCCAAAUUCCGUGAGCUGAUAGCAGAAUUCUCCAAAAUGGCUCGGGACCCACAGCGCUAUCUGGUUAUACAGGGAGAUGAAAGAAUGAGCUUACCAAGCCCAACAGACUCAAAGUUUUACCGGAGCCUGAUGGAAGAAGAGGACAUGGAGGACAUUGUGGAUGCAGAUGAAUACCUCAUUCCACACCAAGGAUUUUUCAGCAGCCCAUCAAAUUCUCGGACACCUCUCUUAAGUUCAUUGAGUGCUACCAGUGAUAAUUCUGCGGUUGGAGCCUGUAUUGAUAUUAAUGGGGGACAUCGUGUGAGAGAAGACAGCUUUAUUCAGAGAUACAGUUCAGACCCAACUAGAGGUUGCCUGGAUGACAGUCUUGAUGAUGGCUUUCUACCUGCUCCAGAAUACAUGAACCAACUAGUGACCAAAAACCCACCGGCUUCAGUCAUGCAAAAUGCAGUGUACAACAAUUUCUUUCUUCCUGUUGAGCCAAAGCCUGUGGUUGAUUCAAAUCAUCAGAAUUCUCAGAGCACAGCACUGGACAAUCCAGAGUAUCUCAACACAAACCUCUCUCCUUUCGCUAAUACAAUUUCUGACAACUACCCCUACUUGGACCAGAAAGGCAACCAUCAAAUCAAUCUGGAUAAUCCUGAUUAUCAGCAAGACUUCUUGCCAAAGGAGACCAAACCUAAUGGAUUCUCUAAACUUCCUACAGCUGAGAAUCCAGAAUACCUAAGGGUCGCAAUACCAAAAAGUGAAUACAUUGAAGCCUCAGCAUGACCACUGAGAGAAAGACUUCUUGUAGCACCAGCAGCAAGACCAGGAAUGCCAAUGAUGUUGCUGGCUGCUGUAGAAACGAACUGUGGGCAGAUAAAAGACUAGUCACUAUAUGCCAGAAUGCACAUUUUCUACUAGGUGUGUUUACUGAUUUCACUCAGCUUGCUUAGUACUUCUCUAAUCUUUAUCUAUUGGGAAGAUGCAAUGUGCAGCAAAGAGAUGACAUCCAGCAAACCAGAAAUCAUUGUUGCAUUCAUUCUUUUCUUAACCAGCUGGAAAGAAUUGCAGUCUUUCAGUGCAAUGCAGCUGCAGCGUCCACUUUAAAUCAUUCAAUGCUCUGUAUUUUAUAAAACAUUUUUGAAAUUUUUAAAGAGCUUUAUUCCAUCCUGACAAGCAAAUACUGAACUGUUUGGGGCCAUAUGGAUCCUUGUUAGAGACUGGGAGAGAGACGUUAAGCGACAAGACAUUUUUCUGUGUCUUUUCAGCUGCACUGACCAGCCUCUGAAGAUCUAAAGAAAAAGUUGUUGCUAUGCAUUGGUCCAGCUCUUUGAACACCAGCUUCAUUUAAUAUUUUGUUAUACAAAUGAGGAGAAAAGGGCAUCUGGAGGGGAAAGCGGGGAUUCUGCUUAAGACGUUUCAUAGAACAAGUGAGCAGGACAAAGAGAAUUUGAUUAGCCCAAGUCCAUUUAGCAGAAGAACUCACCUACAGCGCUCACUGCCAACUAACCACUAUGGUCUGGAGACCAGAACUUUGCAGUCUUAAGGCACUGUUCAGGAAUGUAUAUAAAGUGCACAGCAGACUAGUCCCUUAAACACUCACUGUAGAUCAAGAUAAUAAUUUUGUCUAUUCAUUUCUCAUUUGUUUUCUGUUUUCCACUGUUGUUUCCACUGUUUUCUCUAGAGCUGUAAAAACAGCUCUAAGCGCUUAACUAAAAAGCUAUGAAUGGAAAAGCUUAUUUCCAGCAUACUGCCUUGAUGCCACUUGGACACAAUAUUAUGAAUCUGAAUGGUGAGGAAAUGCAAAGCUUGCAAUUUAUUUGAAAUGGUCUGAAAUUUGAGCCUAGCUGUGUGUAGCCUAACAUAAGAGUCAGUGGAACUAUCUUGCACAAACUCUACAGAAGUUACAAUUUUGUUCAACACCCAUUUAUUUUAAUGGGACUGAUGUAGGAAAAUUUCCCAUUGAUCUCCCCACCGAUUCAGCAUAAGUGCCAAAAGCAAUUACAGUGAGAGAGAAAUAUUUUCAUACCAAAAUCCAAUCCUGCAGUGAGAACUAUGUUGGCUGUAUAUUAUGAAUAUACCAAUUACUAAACAAGAAGAAGGCAGGGGUAGAAAUGGAAUAGUGAUCCAUCUAUUUACUGAAACUAACCCACAAAUGCAUUGAUACAAGAAGAAUUUAAAGCCAAUGCAGAGAUUAUCUAAAAAGUGAUUCCAGUGCAAUCCUAUGUCUACUCAGAAAUAAACACCACUGAGUUCAAUGGGACUUCCUGCAACACUA